CCGCAUACCAAGCCAUGUAAUCAACACUAGCUAGUGCAUAAUGUGAUUAUGAUUAUGAUGAUCGUGAUAAUGAGUGUGAAGUGAACUAUCCGCAGGUUUAAUCUCCGUGUGUUCCGGUGGUCCCAAGCGAUGAUAUUCUUCAUCGAGGAGAUUAACAGGAACCCAGCCCUCCUACCCAACAUCACGCUGGGCUACAGAUUGUAUGACACCUGUGGGCUGGAGCAGCUUUCGGUGAGGACAGCCCUGUCUGUCAUCUCGCAGCCCCUCAAGAGCUGGGGAGGGAGGUGCGUGUCUCCCAGCCUGCCCCUCAUCAUUGGGGACUCGGGCUCCACGCUGUCCAUGGCCAUCUCCCGUGUGCUCAACCUUAACAGGGUCCCUCUGGUGAGCUACUUUGCCUCAUGCGCAUGUCUGAGUGACAAGCGUCAGUUUCCAUAUUUUUUCCGCACAAUCCCGAGUGACGUGAACCAGGCUGACGCCCUGGCCCGCCUGGUGCGUCACUUUGGGUGGACCUGGGUGGGCACCAUGGGGGCAGACGACGACUACGGACGCACGGGCAUCGACAUGUUCACGGCCGAGGUGACCAAAUUGGGCGUGUGCGUGGCUUUCAGGGUGAUUAUCCCCAAGCUGCCAUCCAGUGAAAGCAUGCGUGAGAUUGUCACGAUAAUACGUGACUCCACUGCUACGGUGAUUGUGGCCUUCGCUAUUGAAGAGGACAUCCACCCUGUCAUUCAAGAGAUUGUCCGGCAAAAUGUGACAGGGAAGCAGUGGGUGGCAAGCGAAGCCUGGGUCACGUCCACCCUCAUCUCUACCCGGGAGAACCUUCCCUUCCUGGAUGGGACCAUCGGCUUUGCCAUCCGCAGGGCGGAGAUGCCUGAGUUGAAACAGUUCCUUGAGACCCUCAACCCACUGGCUGAGCCCCACAACCCCUUUGCAAGGGAAUUCUGGGAAAUGCAGUUUCAGUGUUCCCUGAACACAACAGAACCAUUUGCCUCUACCACUGAGUCCACCGCCUAUAACAAUACCUGCACGGGGGCAGAGAGGAUUCAGGACACAGACAGCAUCUACAAUGACGUGUCCCAGCUCAGGGUCACCUAUAACAUGCACAAGGCUGUUUACUCCGUGGCUCACGCCUUGCACAACAUGCUGAUGUGCCAGCAUGGGGGAGGAGGCAGGGGAGGGGCCAGGACACUCACCAGCGGCUGUGCAGACAUACACACACUGCAGCCGUGGCAGAUUGUGCAGUACCUGAAGGAGGUGAGCUACACCAACCUCUUUGGGGACGUUGUUCAUUUUGAUGCGAAUGGUGACCCGGUGGGGUCCUAUGACAUCAUCAACUGGCAGAAGAACGGAGAUGGUUCGGUGAAGUAUGUGACCGUGGGGCGUUUUGACUCCUCCCUGCCGCUCCAGCAACAGCUGGUGUUCAGUCAGAGGGACAUCGUGUGGCACGGUGUGCACAGGGAGGUUCCUGUGUCGGUGUGCUCAGAGACCUGCCCCACCGGCUACAGGAAAGCCUCACGCACAGGACAGCCUGUGUGCUGCUAUGACUGUGUGCUCUGUGCUGAGGGCACCAUCAGCAACAGCACAGAUCAGCCAGAGUGUAUUCCAUGUCCGGAGGACUUCUGGUCCAAUAAGAAACGGGACAGCUGUGUUGUCAAGGAGAUAGAGUUCCUGUCCUACACAGAGUCCUUCGGAAUGGCGCUGGCAGCCAUGGCGAUCCUGGGUGCCUUAUCCACUGCAGCGGUGGGGGCCAUUUUCCUGUGGCACAGGCGCACCCCGAUCGUGCGCGCGAACAACUCGGAGCUGAGCUUCCUCCUGCUGCUGUCGCUGACGUGCUGUUUCCUGUGCGUGCUGACCUUCCUGGGCCGGCCCUCGCACUGGGGCUGCCGGCUCCGCCGCACCUCCUUUGGCAUCAGCUUCGCCCUCUGCCUCUCUUGCCUGCUCAGCAAGACCCUGGUCGUGCUGAUGGCAUUCCAGGCUACGCUGCCCGGCAACAGUGUGGCGCGCUGGUUCGGCCCCACUCAGCAGCGCCUGGGCGUGCUGGUCUGCGUCGCUGUGCAGGUGGGAAUCUGCGGGGUGUGGCUCGCCAGAGCUUCGCCUUACCCGAUUAAGAACACCUGGCUGUACAGGGACAGAAUCAUCCUGGAGUGCCACCUGGGGUCUGUGGUGCUCUUCGGAUGUGUUCUGGGCUACAUCGGCUGCUUGGCAGGCUUCUGCUGCAUCUUGGCCUUCCUUGCUAGGAAACUGCCUGAUAAUUUUAACGAAGCCAAAUUCAUCACCUUCAGCAUGCUCAUAUUCUGUGCAGUCUGGAUCACCUUCAUACCAGCUUAUGUCAGCUCACCUGGAAAGUUCACUGUAGCUGUGGAAAUAUUUGCCAUUUUAGCAUCCAGUUUCGGUGUCCUCCUCUGUAUCUUUGCUCCAAAGACUUUUAUUAUCAUAUUUCAACCCGAGAAGAAUUCCAAAAGAAACCUCCUUUCCCAAAGAUCAGCAAGGUGACACAUACUGCUGAUCUUAUUAGCUGCUCACCUUAUCAGAUAUCUUCCUAAGCAUGCUGAGAGUCAACCUAUGAAAGAUGAAGUAUCUUCAUUCUGCCAAGUAUCUGUAAUUUAGAGACCAUUUUGAUCUCAAUGUGCAAACAAACAGGUUCGUCCUCUAUAGAGAGUAAGUAAGUAAGUAAGUAACUUUGAUCUUUAUGCAUUUAGUCAUUGUAUUUAACUGUAUUUGAGGUCACGCCUAACAUACAGAGCUUUUAUAAAUGCCUGCAGAGAUGUAUUAAUACAGUUUCACCACCUGAGUGUGCUGUUGCACCAGUGUACUGUCACUGUCUGAACAACCGCUUUGGACAUUCAAGGGCCCCAGUUUUGACUACUCUAGGCUUAGUGUUUCUCUCAUUUUCCCUUGCAAUACAUGUUUGUAUGUAUCUAAUAAUGGUACAAAAUUCUACUCAGUCAUUUGACUUAUGUCUUUCCCUGCUGGAACAUGGUACAAUAAAAUCAGAAUGCAAGGUUUGUAUUAUCAUAUACCAUAAAGUAGUCAAAAAGUAUAAAA